GCACGCGAUUUGGAUCCCUCUGCCUUUGCCAAUCACAGUCAGUGAUGUAAAGAUGCACCUUUACUACCGUAAAUCACAGAAACGCAAACGCACACGCAAAAAUAAUGAGCUAAAAUAUUGCGCGAUUAAACACUAAGGAACAGCCGUUGGUGUUAAAUGUCAUUAUAACUGCAUCGAUUAAACUGUUAAGUCAUCGACGUUUGUGGAAGCGCACCAGCCGGUGCGAUGCGCACAACUGAGGGGCUCUAUAUUAAAUAAUCCCGGUAAGAAGGAGCCGCAGUUGCUCCUUUCGUGUUUAUUUCUGCUCUGGAGCUUGGCUGUUCCGCUACGAAGACGCAUUUAAUCCUCUCUAAGAAAAUAAACAGCGUCUGUUAAGGUAAUGUAUUAACAAAUGGCAUGCAGAUGCGCGUAACUCGUCCUUGUCCUAUAUUAUAGACUGUCAUAGUGAUAAUCGAAGGCGUCAGUCGUUGAUUCGGUCCCACAAGUGUUCAGUUUAUUAACUUCAGAGGUCGGCAUUGAAGGCACGCGGUUAAAUCAGUGUUCAUGCCGGACUUUGAGCAUUUCAGAUUUUCCUACUCCAGAAUGAAUCCAGUAUUGGGGGAGAACGUGUAUUCGUUCCAGCAGAACCAGCUUACGGGCUUCGCGGACUCCGCGUCUUCGGGCCACUGGACAGACCCAGCGGGCCUCUACCUGAGCGAGCACACGGGUGGCAUCGGGCAGGAUGGGCUGGACAUGGGCGCUUUACCGCCUCCGGGAUCGCCGUAUCUGCACCUGGGUAACUAUCUGCACCGGGUGUCUCCACCUCCUCCUGCCGCCACGGCCCUGCGGAACGACCUGGGAUCCAACAUUAGCGUCCUCAAAACUCUGAACCUGCGCUUUCGCUGCUUUUUAGCCAAAGUCCACGAACUGGAACGCCGGAAUAAAGUAUUGGAAAAGCAACUGCAACAGGCUUUGGACGAAAACGCGGAGUGCGCGGAGACUAAAAAGCCUUUGACGCGAGAUGUGGGGGUCCAGACGGGCUUCGUUGGAUUGAUUCCCAUCAGGCCAGAUUUGAUUCCCAUCCAGAACGCGAACGACACUGCGUAUCUGUCUGGAAGCCUGCUGUCUCCGACUCCCAUCAUCCCUCUCGAGCCCACUAACAGGACAGCAGUCGAAAACUUUCUAAACCCGUCCAAACUGACAGACUCCAAUUCCAAUCUCACCCCAAAUUUCCCCAUCAGCCCGAUUGAUCCCGCUCCAAAGCCCUUGAGUAAUAUUAACGGGAAGUAUGUCAGUACUGUGAUCGGCUGCACCAGCAACCCUCCUCCCAGAUUUCACCCUGGGUCUGCGUGGUCGUACAAUCAGAGGUUCGGCACCGGCCGUGAGUCGCGGAUCUCGGGUCCUGGUGUGUCCUCCUCAUGGGUGCCUCCUGACGGAGUGGGUGUCCAGAUCGACACCAUCACACCGGAGAUUCGGGCCCUGUAUAAUGUGCUCGCCAAGGUGAAGAGAGAGAGAGACGAGUACAAAAGGAGAUGGGAAGAGGAAUAUACGAUGCGGGUGGAUCUACAGGAAAAAGUAGCAGAGCUUGAAGAGGACCUGCAGGAGAGCGAGGUGUGUCAGGAUGAACUGGCUCUGAGGGUUAAGCAGCUUAAAGCAGAUCUGGUUUUGUUCAAAGGCCUCAUGAGCAAUAAUCACUCGGAUUUGGACAGUAAGAUCCAGGAGAAGGCCAUGAAAGUGGACAUGGACAUCUGUCGCAGGAUUGACAUCACAGCUCGUCUCUGUGAUGUCGCCCAACAGAGAAACUGCGAAGAUAUGAUUCAGAUCUUCCAGCAAGUAGCCACACCUCCGUCAACCCUGACUCGUCGUCCUCGAAAACCAGCCCCGCAGACCAUCAGAGGCAACGACAGCGAUGAGCCAAUCAGCAUCUCUGAAAGUGAGGAGAGCGGGAAUAAGGAGGUGGAGCUGUGUUGCUCCUCCAACAAUCAGAUCAAUGAAGAGAUGCAGAGGAUGCUCAACCAAUUACGGGAGUCUGAAUUUGAGGAUGACUGUGACAGUCUUGCAUGGGAAGAAACCGAGGAAACUCUCUUACUCUGGGAAGAUUUUCCUGGAUAUACCUUCAGUGUCGAGAACCAAGGAGAGCAAGAGGAAUCCAUAGAGAAGGUGAUCAAAGACACAGAAUCCCUCUUCAAGUCCCGCGAGAAGGAAUAUCAAGACACCAUUGACCAAAUCGAGUUGGAGUUGGCCACUGCUAAGUCAGAUAUGAACAGGCAUUUGCAUGAGUAUAUGGAGAUGUGCAGCAUGAAAAGAGGACUGGAUGUUCAAAUGGAGACCUGUCGACGAUUAAUCACUCAAAGUGGAGACAGAAAGUCUCCUCUCCUCGCUCCGGCUGCUGUGGAGGAGGGAGAGAAUGCGGAGAAGGAGAGGAAAAGAGCAACUGCGGCAAAUUCUGACAGUGCCGAACCCUAUUACGACAUGCAGGCAAACUCUUCUGUCCCGGACCACACGUGGAAAAAGGCUUAAGCGCUUUAAUGUCCCGCCAGCAACACAGUAACAGCUGCAAUUAUAAGCAAAUGACCACUGAUCGUUUCUUAAUAGAGGCUGUGAUGCAGUAAACGGGUUAUAGUUACCAUCUGAAAGGCAAGUUUCAACCCUGUGUGCUUUCACUAGUGCCCUCUAUUGGAACGCAGCAUUAAUGGUCCUAAAAAAAAAAGCACUAUAAAAAGUGGCCUAUUAAAUUCUGUCUAAAUAUACGAGGGCUGGUUACACUAUUUUAGAUUAUGUUAUUUUAUUUAUUUAUUUGUACGCAGGUAAAUACCACUGUUAUGUAGUACAUUUUGUAAUUUGUCAAUGAAGAAAGUAUUUAAAGUUUUUUUUUUUUAACGUUCUUAAACAUAUAGUUUGUUAAUUAUAGCUUUAUUAUUUUUACAGUUGGCAUGAAUAUUUUGAUUAUGAGCUGAAGUGAGAGAUUUUUAAUUGAAUUAUUUAGCUUUAUUUGUUUGUUGUUAAAUUUUGAUUAUGGUAAUUACAAACUUUUUUAAACGCCACAAUAAAGUAAAAUCAAUAAAGUACGGAGACCUGGAAGUGAUGUGAUGGUGGAGAAAAAAAUGGGUGGAAGAAAAAAUGGGUGGGGAAAAAAACUAGUGAUUGGUAAACAUAUUUUUUAAAGUUUUUGCGUUCCCUCGCAAAACUGUUGUUCGACAAACACUUCACUUCAUACAUGACAACCCUGUUUUUGCUGGGAUUCUAUGGUAUUUUAUGAUUAUAUCCUAAUAUUAGGUAUUUUCUCAUAUUUCUCUCAUAUUUUUAAACUUAAAAGCAUGUUGAAAUGAAUAUAAAAAUGUCUGAAUUCACUUUCUUUUUAUUAAAGCCGUGUGUCGAUCAGCGCCCAUCAUUUGCAACAGUGACUGACUCCCAGAUCAGCUGUACACGUCAUUUAAAGAGGAGCUGAAGUGCAGGACAAUUUGCGAUUCUGGUGUGUGUUUAAACAGACAAAUACACCUAAUAUGUAAACAUGCCUGGACGUCCUGCGUGUUUUAUUUCAGGGGUUCU